UGAGUGUGUGAGUGACACACACCUGCAGCAUCACUUUUUGAUUUUUCUGGCUGAAAUGUUUUUUCCACGCCUGUCGCUGCUCCAACAGCUGUAAUUAAAAAAUGGCCACAGGAUGUGAAGGAGGACACCGAGCUGUGUCGCUUCCUCCGUUUGAAGCUUUAAUGAGUUUAAACGUGUGUGUGUGUGUGUGUGUGUGUGUAUGUGUGUUCAGCCCGUUGAACCACUGCUGCUGAUCUCAUCAGGACACGGUAACAGAGCAGAUUUCCGAUCUCGGGGCCGUCGCUGGCUCAGUGACAUAACUGUGAUCAGCAGAGACUCGUGUGAACCUUUCAGAGAAACGUUUGUGCACGUGUGGAAACGAGGCAGCGGCCCGACAGAUAAAACCUUAAAAUCCCAUUAGCUGGUCCAGGAUCAGCGCAGGUGAAGUGACGGAGGAGGACUCCAUCAUGAGGUCGGCCUGCAGAGAGCUCCUGAUACUUUAACCUUCUGUGGUCACGGUAACAACAGUAACAACCAAACUACUGUAAAUAAUACAAAUGAUAACAGACAGCUCUCAUUAUAAAUGUCCUGGUACAUCACACACAUGAAAUAUCAAACUGAGGCUGUAACCGCUGCACCGUGCAUCGAGUGGAGGCGUACAGGCAGGAAUGGCUUCCUGUGUCGUUUAGACACAGGAAGACAACACCUCACCCCCACUCACGGAGUGGGGGUGAGGUGUUGUCCACCAUUGUCCUUAUCUUGGACAACAUCCGCUUCUCUGACACCACCCUAAGGGAGUCCAGCUCCGCCCCCACAACAUUACUGAGCUUGUGAUCAGUUUGAGUCGUUGCAUCACGUGACAUCACGGGUACUCUGACUUAUCCAACCACCACAGAGUCACCCGAAAACCUCUGAAGAUGGAGCUCUGUGUGCAGGGGGUGCCGAGGAAGGGGAGGGGGCGGUCCCCUGGUGGUGGCGUGAGGCGGUCCUCUGAAAGCUGAAUGAAUGAAAUCCCACCGAGUUUACCGGAGGUUCUCUGCGAGGAUGCGGCAGUGAGCAUGCUCAGAGCCCUGAUCGUUACCAUGGCGAUUACCGGCAGCCACGCGUGCAGCGGUCAGGAGAACUGCUCGGCCGACGGCGACGGCGAGUCCAAAGACUACUGUUACUCGGCCCGCAUCCGCAGCACCGUGCUGCAGGGGCUGCCCUUCGGCGGCGUGCCCACCGUGCUCGCCCUCGACUUCAUGUGCUUCCUGGUGCUCCUCUUCGUCUUUUCCAUUUUACGGAAGGUUGCGUGGGAUUAUGGCCGCCUGGCGCUGGUCACCGACGCUGACAGCCGAAGGCGCGACAGAGAUAACUAUGAGCCGGUGAAAAGCGUUGCCUCGGCGAUGCACUCGGAGACGCCCGACCGCUAUGAACGCCUCACCUCGGUUUCCAGCUCUGUUGACUUCGACCAGAGAGACAACGGUUUCUGCUCGUGGCUGACGGCCAUCUUCAGAAUAAAAGACGAGGAGAUUCGUGAGAAGUGUGGCGAAGACGCCGUUCACUACUUGUCCUUCCAGCGUCACAUCAUCGGCCUUCUGGUCGUGGUCGGCGUCCUCUCGGUCGGCAUCGUCCUGCCCGUGAACUUCUCUGGAGACCUUCUGGUCCGAAUUAUCAGUAAAGACGCUUUCCUCAGCCGAGGAACACCUGGACCACCCUCCAAAGAAGAAAACAACGCCUACAGCUUCGGACGCACGACGAUAGCCAACCUGAAGUCUGGGACGAACCUGCUCUGGCUGCACACCACGUUUGCCUUCAUGUAUCUGCUGCUGACCGUCUACAGCAUGAGGAGGCACACGUCUAAGAUGCACUACAAGGAGGACGACCUGGUGAAACGCACUCUGUUCAUCAACGGCAUCUCCAAGUACGCCGAGGAGAGUCAGAUCAAACAGCACUUUGAGCAGGCGUAUGAGAACUGCACGGUGCUCGAGGCUCGGAUCUGCUAUAACGUGGCCAAACUGAUGGCUCUGAACGCUGAAAGGAAGAAGACGGAGCGCAGCAAGAAGUUUUUUACCGACCUGAUGGCUAAAGAACACGUUCCCACCAUGAUCAACCCCAAGCCCUGCGGACACCUCUGCUGUUGUGCCAUCGCUGGCUGUGAGGAGGAGGAGGCGGUCAGCUACUACACCAAGAGGGAGGCCAAACUCAAGGAGGAGUACAGGAAGGAGAAGGAAAAGGUCCACACCAAGCCUCUGGGCAUGGCCUUCGUCACCUUCCAGAAUGAGGCCAUGACUGCCAUUAUUUUGAAGGACUUUAACGCCUGUCAGGUUCAGGGGUGUCGAUGUCGUCAGGAGCCACGUUCCUCUCAGUUCAGCGAGGUUCUUCACGUUCAUAACUGGAGUGUUUCGUACGCACCCGACCCACAGAAUGUCCGCUGGGAACACCUUUCACUGGGCGGGAUCUCCUGGUGGAUCCGUUGUUUUGUCAUCAACUGCAUCCUCUUCAUCCUGCUCUUCUUCCUCACCACGCCCGCAAUCAUCAUUUCCACCAUGGACAAGUUCAACGUCACCAAGCCCGUCGAGUAUCUGAAUAACCCCAUCGUCACUCAGUUCUUCCCCACCCUGCUGCUCUGGGCUUUCUCUGCUCUGCUGCCAACCAUCGUCUACUACUCUGCUUUCUUCGAGGCUCACUGGACCAGGUCUGGAGAAAACAGGACAACCAUGCAUAAGUGUUACACCUUCCUGAUCUUCAUGGUUCUGUUGCUGCCAUCUCUCGGCCUCAGCAGUCUGGACGUUUUCUUCCGCUGGCUCUUUGACAGGAAGUUCCUGGCUGAUGCUAAAGUCCGAUUUGAGUGCGUCUUUCUGCCAGAUAACGGCGCCUUCUUCGUCAACUACGUUAUCGCCUCCGCAUUCAUCGGAAAUGCCAUGGACCUGCUGAGGAUCCCCGGCCUGCUCAUGUACAUGAUCCGGCUGUGCCUGGCUCGCUCUGCUGCCGACCGCCGCAACGUCAAGAGGCAUCAGGCCUACGAGUUUCAGUUCGGAGCAGCGUAUGCCUGGAUGAUGAACGUCUUCACAGUGGUGAUGGCCUACAGCAUCACCUGCCCCAUCAUCGUGCCCUUCGGUCUGAUGUACAUGCUGCUGAAACACUUGGUGGACCGAUACAACAUGUACUACGCUUACCUGCCCUCCAAACUGGACAAGAAGAUCCACUCUGGAGCCGUCACCCAAGUGGUGGCAGCACCCAUCCUCUGCCUUUUCUGGCUCCUGUUCUUCUCCACUGUACGCACAGGCUUCGACACGCCGACCUCCAUGUUCACGCUGGUGGUGCUGAUCGUCACCAUUGUGGUCUGUCUGUCUCACGUCUGCUUCGGACACUUCAAGUACCUCAGCGCUCACAACUACAAGAUCGACACAAAGGAGAACGACGUGGACGCUGUCGAGAACGGACGUCCAGCUCGUCCCUCGUCCUCACCCACCACCAAAUCUCAGCAGCAGCAGCAGAUGUACAUCGCCCAGGUCCUCCAGGACCCCAACUCGGACGAGCCCGGCGGAGGUAGCAGCGAGGAGGACCGAGGGUCAUCGCAGGACGAGGAGAUGCUGAAUGGAGGGAACAGCAUCAAUGAGGCGGAUUUCCAGUCGGGGGAGGACAGUCUGAUCGCCAACGAAGUGCACCAGUAGCUGGGGGUGGUGCUAGAGGGAGGGGGCGGAGCUAGUAGAGGGUCAUACCCACACAACAGUUACAGAUAAAGCUGACUGGAAAAUCACUACACCCAUAAACACUUGUACAGUAGAUUCACGGUUAGCUCCACCCCCUCUCGGCCUGAAGACUUGACCCUGACCUUUGAUGCCGGCGCCGGGUCGCCAACAUCCAGUCCUGCACGCCUGUGGAUCCUUAAUGGACGUCAGAUUGUGUCCACAGGAAAUCACUGUAUAUAACCACAAAGCCAAAAGUUCUUUUUCUUGGGUCGGGUGGGUGGGUUUUAAAAACUUGUGCCUGGGCUGGAUUCUUUGUUCGCACUCGUGUCUUGACUUCUGAUCCCACUACGGGUCACCUGAACCCCCGACCCCUCCAGGGGUCCAAGCUGAUGCUGACGCUGUCUUUUUUCUCGGCAUAGUGAGCACCUGUUGCGUCAUCACCGUACUCCAGAAUCAGAGCGUUAAACAACUCGCCAACCGCCAGUUCUCAUAGUGUUAGAAACCUCGCUUACGCAGACGCAUCGUCAUCCCUCUUCUCUGCUGGCCCGUCCUCGCCUCCGUUCUGUGGCUCUGAAUGCCAGUACAUUCAGCGAAUCACCUUGGAGUGUGGGGCUUUUGUUUUUUUAUUUUUUGGUUUUUGUACCUGCAUGCUGUUAGGAGUGCAGUCUGGAUUAAACCGUCGCACCUUUGGACGAUGUCAUUCAUCGCCGGAUUGUGCUGGCGAGCGAACACGUUAAACUUCCUCUCGCCUGCUGGCUUCAGUUGGACCGCUCCUCGCCAUCGGACUACAACACUCCACGCAACAAUGCUUUCUUUUCUGGUUUGAGUUCACCUGAACUACCUUAAAUCAUGAACACCUGACAAAGGGAACAGGGAUGUUUGUGUCUGUGUAGGUUUAGCAAUCUGAACUCUUUUCAAAGGUGGGAUGAACUUUGUGAUGACUUUCAGCAGCAGGUAGUUCGACUUCGGGUAGAUGAAGAAGAGCAGCGCUUUUCGUUGGGAUGUUUUUACCUGAACACCUGAAGUUGGAGGUACUGAAGGUGUGUGCUGUCCGUCUGUCUGUGUUAGCUCCUUAUAAACCGACUACAUCACAAAGGGUUCACCAGGCAUUGAUGAAAAUGCCAUCCAUCUACUGUAGAAUCAGUUCAACAUUUUUUUCUUUCACUUUCGUACAAAAGUUUAGAAAUAUAUAAUCAUGCCGUCUCAGUCUCUACGCGCAUCAGUAAAGUUUUAGAUAGAGUCCGACUGGUGCGAAUCGAUGGUUUCAUCUCUGCCGCGGCACGAGGUGCUCCUUCCAUCCAAUAAUGAGCCACAGCUUCCUAGAUGUGCCGCUGGUCCGUCAAACAAAUAAUCACUGUUUAUUUCAUGCUAAUGAUCAUAUUAUAAUGACUGUUUUUAGCUAAUUAGCUGGGUUUAUCUGACUGAAGCUAACCCUCGGCUAGCUAGAGCGAGCGACUAAUAAUCAGGAUGUUUCAGUCCAUGAAAAAAGAUACUGACCCUUUGUCCUGUUAGCUCGUGUCUUUAAAGCUAAUAACUUAGUUUGUCGUCCCGAUAGUGCAGUGUUAGCCUAGCUCUGGCUCCAGUUAAUAAAACUCACCUGAUUAGCUCAUUAGCAGGGAUGAAGCUGUGUAAAGUUGAACUUACUCCUAGCUUCUGGUUCACACCAACGGCUGGUUUAGAACCAGGACAGAACUGCUGAGUCAUUGUUAGCUUCAAGCACGCAACUCAGACACAUAGGAAUGAUGCACUGUUAAUUGUUAGCACGCAGGCUAACACAGCGCUAGCCUGCUAGCCCGGGGUUGGCAUUCUGUUAAAUGAAGACUAAAUGGUCUGAAACCGCACAACAAUGAAGAGGUGAUGGUUUAGUUAAGCUAGCACUUUCCCCUGUUUUGCAUGUGAUGCUAGCAGGGCUACACCACAGGGACGCAGCGGUGAAACCAGUGCUCUGGUUUAACCAGUCGAUUUACACCUGAUUGUGUCUUCGGCUGUCACAGGUGAGCAGGCUCGUAGCUCACGCUCCACGUGGUCGUGGCGCCGAUCUGCCUCCCGGUGGAGGGAUGUAGAAAACAUCAAGUUGCAACUGACUUGGCUGGUGGAGACAUCAUCACAAAGACAGGUCAAGGGGUGUGGCUUCUGCAGAGUAACAUAAGUGCUUAGCGACAGAAUGGGGAGGAGCUAGUCUCAGGUGUGUUUUGUUUUGUUUCUAAAACAAUGUUUACAUCAGAUUUUGUUUGCUAGAUGUGUGCGCGUGCAUGUGUGUGUGUGUGUGUGUGUGUGUGUGUGUGUGUGUGGACACGGAGCUGGACUAUGAAAGCUGCAGCCGCUGGCUCGCUGGCGUCGGCGGGCGGCUGCAUGCUGGAGCUCUGCAGCGUUCGUGUCCGGGUGUCGUGUUCUGCUUGAUGUUCCCCGCCGCUCCGCCCAUGAUUGUACGCAGAUGAACCUGAAGGUGGAGUCGAGCCUGAUCCUCAAGGUUCAGCUCGGCAGCUCACAGGAAAUGACCUGCUUCCUGUUCCUGUCUGUGUAAGGGCAUCGGCGUAGAAUCAUUUUCAGAAAGGAGAGGCUGAAGUUCGACCGGAGCCGCACAGACCCGGCAAAACCAAACGCGAGCUCGGGGGCUUCGGCAGUCACGGGCUGCGGGAGCCCUGGGACUCUUUGUGUGGAAAAAUGGGACUCGAAGGUUUCUGGAAGCAAGCCGCUGCUUCGUGCUGUUUGUUUGUUUCUUUUUAAAAAAAUAAAAUUCCUGAAAUGUGAAGAAGAAGAAAAAUGUGAAGCGAGGCGUGAAGCGAGCGACAAACUGUAAAAACGAGUGUAAAUAGCCAUCGAACUGCAGUCUGUCGUCCACGUCCUGCUUUAAUUUAUUGCUGUGACUCUUAUUUAUUUGGACUUUGGUUUGUGUACAGUGACACCUUCGUCUUAUUUAUGUUCCUGAUCAAUAAAACUGAUUUCAUCUGUG